CGUAGUUUUACAGGUGGCACAAAGUUUAUGUUUCUUAAACAGUUGUGGGUUAUUUCUGUCUGAAAUAGACAUAAUUAUUUGUGCAGAAAGACAUUAUUAGUAUUGCGGCUUUGCAUUUGCUCUGAGAACAAUGAGGUUUGUGACAAGCCUGGCAGAGAGAGGUUUUGCAGAGGAAAGUAUCAAGUUCAAGAUAUGAACAGUGAUUCAGAGGAAGACGUUCUGGUGGAUGACUGGCUGACAUCCAAACAAGAUCUAUUGGACACAUCAGAUGAAGAGCUGAACGAUGACCUUUUGCGUAGCGAUGAUGAGAACGAAACUAUGAGAUGUCACAAUGAAAGGGUUUCUAAACCACAACUGCAGGUGACUGCAAAACCUUACCUUGUUAGCGAAACUCCACACCUUGCUGAAGACCAAGCCAGAUGUCCUAAAGAAGAGGUGGAGGUGGACCCUGGUGAAGUUUUAGACAUCGAAAUCAAUGCUCCUUCUGGAGAUGAAUUUCAACAGGAAGUUGCUGACUACAGUGUCAACGCUAAGAUGGAUGUUAAGGAUGAUAUAAAGUUGGUGUCCAGUUUACUCAUGCAGGAGUCAAGAGAGGGUGGAUCUGAGUUGCGAGAGGGUGUCUCUCCUCAACUCUUUGGGCGUCAUCUCUUACACUCCCGCAGGGGACAGCCUGCCCGAGAGGAGACCCUCACCGGACCCUGCCGCAGUCCUGAGCCAGUGUUCCCAGGACAGCAUAUGUUUGAUCAACAACACUCUGCUUCAGUCUUGGACACUAAUCCGCUCCUCGCUGGACCUACUCCCAUGGGCUCCAUUCAGCCUCCAGGAAAUGAGAGUGACCCCUGGAGGCCCAGUCUAGCUUUGCAGGGGCCCACGGAUCUGUCAAAGCCAGGGACUCCCCACCGUGGGCUAAAGCCUCUCCAGAAACAUCCAUCAGCGCAGUCUGGCUGCUCCCUUACAGCUCCCUCUGGACCACAGGCACAGAAACCUGCUGUGCUGGUAAGAGCUGUUGCCAGGAUGGUGCAGAGUGCCAAGCCGAUGGCUGUUGCCAGGGGGAUGCCCAUUGCUGCAAGGCAGCCAGCAAGUGCCAAGUCUAAGAGAUCUGCCAAAACUCCACCAGCGCCAGGGACGGUGGGAAGAAAUGUGGGUCAGAAGGUCAAGGUGCAGCCCCAAACUCCUCCAGCUUUUCAAAAACUUUUCAAAAAGCCGCUAAACACGACAAACAACAAAGAGCAUGAAAAGGAGGAGUUCUACAUGAAGAAGCUGCAGGAGCAGAUGCAACUGAGGGAGCAGGUUAUCAAACAGAAGAAACGGAUGAGAUCUAUGAGGGUCGCAAACAAGAAGCAUCUGCGACAGGAAUGCUUCCAAACUGAUAGUUCCACUGGACACUGGAACAAUGACCAAAAUCAACACAAACAGCCGUGUGUUUUGGGUUCUUGCCCUCGGAAGGUUACGCACCAGCAGCCCCAUCACUGUCUCGUCCUGGAGCACCAUCCAGAAUUCAAGCCCUUGGCUUCACAGCAGCACCAGUACCAGGUUUUAGCACCCCCACUUCAGCCGCCAUGGCAACAAGCUCCACCGGCACGAGGGAAUCCAUCAGGCCGUGCAGCAGAGCUGCAGCAUAAUCAGCCUCAUCAGUGGGGCACAGACAGGGUGGUGUUACAGGGAAUGGAGCAGAUCCCAGAUCAGAUGAGCCAACAGUACAGUACUGAAGAGGCGCAAGCAGCAGGUCCGCAGGAAGUCUGGCAAAGAGGCAAGAGGAUGUUAGAGCAGAGAACUUCUGACGGGCCUGUUCCCACCAAAAUUAGAGUGGUCAAACACUUCAGCCCAGUUAGUGCGAGUUGUGAUCUCACACCACAGUUGAGUGUACAGCCUAACGCAGUGACUGAAACGAAGCCCAGAAUUGUCACCUUCAAAAUGCCUGAUUCAUCUCCACCUUCAUUUCUGCAACACAGUCUCAAGUUAAAGUGUCCCAAACAGGGAAGGGGAUCCGGCCCAAACAAGCCCCAGGAUGAGGUGGCUGUCGGGGGAAACCAACGCAGUGCUUUCAUACCCUUCAGUUCCGGCCCGAGAACAGAGUCUGUUCCUGCUCAAACCAAUGUCAGCUUCAUAGUAAGAUUGAACCACUGAGUUUCUUGGAGAUCAAGCCCUAUGCUGAGUAGAAAAUUGUCAGUGUUCUCACAGGUUUGGCAAGAUUUUUGUUAUGAUGCAAUAUUUGCCUUUUUUGUGAUUGUUGAAGACAGUGGUUUGGCAGCUGUUUGCAUUUUGCACCUUGGUUUCCA